AUGGGCAUAGAGACGUGGAAGACAUUCCCCAAGAUUCUCACGGAGUACCCCAAACACAAUGUACCGCUGCCCUGUUCUGAUCAGAACCCGCGACUAAAGUGUCCGGAAACACGAUGGGCGCGGGACUUCUGCCUAGCACAGGGCGGGAGUUGCGAAUAUAAGAUAGAGGCGCACUUUGAUUGCCUGGAGCAGUACUACCCACCAGAGAAGGUACUGGAGCUGCGUAAGGCAUUUAAACCGAAUACAUUGGACUAUCCAACCAGUGAUACAUAUAUUCGUUAUCGACACUUCUACGUUGGUGCUGCUUGGGCCGGAGGGAAACGAGGAUGGGAGGGAAUGGUGUAA